GAUUCGCGCAGCUGCCUCCUUCUCUCUUUCGGCCUCCUUCCCACUCAGAGGCUCUCCUCUUCUCAGAGUUUAAGGUCUUCUAUCCCUCCGCCCAUUACAUUCAGUGUCAAAGUCGGUGCACUUUAAGAUGCAGUCCAGUGAAGGUCCUAGUUCCAUGGAAGUCGAGGCAAUUGCAAAUGGAGCCGGUUCAGCUUCUGGGACAUUGCCACCAAUGCCGAGAUUCAAGGCAUUAAAGGCUCAUGAGAUGUCUGAUGGGCAAGUUCAGUUGAGGAGGGUCUCUGUUCCACCACAUCGUUACACACCACUGAAGAAAGCAUGGAUGGAAUUGUACACCCCAAUUUAUGAGCAGAUGAAGAUAGACAUCCGUAUGAAUCUGAAGGGCCGCAAAGUGGAGUUGAAGACCAGACGUGACACACCUGACAUUAGUCAUCUCCAGAAGUGUGCGGACUUUGUUCAGGCCUUCAUGCUGGGAUUUGAUGUCAUAGACGCCAUUGCCCUUCUGCGGUUGGAUGAGCUUUAUGUGGAGUCCUUUGAGAUCAAGGAUGUCAAAACACUUAGAGGUGAGCACUUGUCUCGUGCUAUAGGCAGGCUGUCAGGGAAAGGAGGUAGAACAAAAUUCGCGAUUGAGAAUGCGACAAAGACUAGGAUUGUGAUAGCAGACACAAAGAUCCACAUAUUGGGAUCUUUUGCAAACAUAAAGGUCGCCAGAGACUCUCUUUGCAACCUUAUCCUAGGAUCCCCUGCUGCUAAAGUGUAUUCAAAACUAAGAGCUGUUACUGCUAGAUUGGCAGAAAGGUUUUAGAUUGGGGAUGAGUAUGCAUUUGUGUUGUGCAUUUUUAUUGUCCAUUUAUAAUUUCUAGUAUUCUUAAGAUGAGUAUUGCGGGACAACAGAAUGAAAGAGUUUUAGGAGAUUUUUGUUCCUUCAGAAGAAAUGACAUCUUGUAAGAUUUCUUACUGCUGGAAGCUUUUUGUUAAAACUACAUUUGGUUAAAUCUGCAUUUUGUUUGACUGAGAAGUUAUAUUGGGUAUUUGAGAUGGUUAACUUGUUCUGGGAAA